UUUUCAAAAUUCAAAAGAAAAAACUCUCUAGAGAGAUCUUAAAACAACGUCUCUCCCUCUCCCUCUCCCUCUCCCUCUCAGACUCUCACACUCUCACGAAUCUCCGAUCCGAUGAAUGAAGAAAACGAACCACCGUGCGCUACACCGGCGCCGCGGCCUCGUAAUCCUCCGCCAUCGCUCUUCACCGACGUAUCCAAUUUCAAAACUCCGCGGCGUCCUUCCGUAGCUAAGCCAAAUCUCGGUAACACUCCGUAUCCGCCGCAGCUCUUCACCGCAUCGAAGCAAACUCCCAAAUCCUCCUCCUCCAACCUCCGCCGUCCCUCGCUCCUUCCUUCUCAAGCGUCUCGCUCCAAGGCCGCAGCAGCUUCCUCGAGGCGGCUCAGGGCGUUCGAGCUUCAGCAGUUGCAGUCUUCUCGCAAGGCCGAGUUGAUUAAAGAGAAGAGUCUUAGAUCUCUCGCUAAAUCGCUCACUGUGUGGCUCAAUUUCUUGUUCGAGAACCCUGAGAGUUGCGGUUGCGAUCCGUUAGAGAAGGGAUCUGCUGUUGGUAGCUUCAGACAGGGGAAGAGAGAUAGUUGCGAGGGUUUACGGAGAGGUAAAUCAGUGGGUGUCGAUACGAUGUGGCGUAGCCCUAAAAAGUCGAGGACUUUAGGUUGGUGUGGCGAGAAAGGAUCAGAUAUUGGAUCAUCCUUGAGUGGCGCCAAGUAUUCAACGCUGAGGGAGUCUUUGAAAGAAGUCUGUAGUUUAGAUGAUUUGAAGCAGAGGAUGCAGUUUCAUUUGAGUUUGGGAAGUUGCAAGGAGAUUUUCGAUGUGAUGACCCGUGUCACCAAGAAUAUCGAUGAAGGGAGGAUAAAGAUGAAACCACAAUGCCCUCUUGUAACUGAUUUUGGACUUAAGGAGAAGGCCGUCAAGGCGCUGAUGUGUUACAACCAAGUUUGGCUUCGUUUAGGGUUGUAUAUCAUCUUUGGCGGCGAUUCCUUUUUGUCUGACGCUGAAGUUAACUCAGAUCAAGAAAUGGCAUUCUUGAAGAUGGUAAUCAACAAGCAGUUUUUCUCCCAUGACGGCCUUGCUAGAGCCUUUGCCUAUAACAAGAUGGUUGAGGGUUUAUACAGGCCUGGGUACUAUGAAGCCCUUGGGACCGUGAUUUUGAAGAGGAUUCUGUUGCUUGUUCUUAUAUUAGAUAGAGCUAAAUCUCAAAGCUGUAUUUCGCUCAAGUAUGGGAUUGAUGGGAUAGAUGGUGGCUCACCCCUCUUGUUUUCAGAGAAAUCUAGCAUAAAGUCUAGCCAUCAACUUCUAAGUGAACUCUUGCCCUCUGAUGUAAUGCAUGGAGAAGGGAAUCUCCUAGCGCAUCUAGUGAUUAUAGGGUACAAAAUACCUUAUCAGCAGUCUCCUAUAGCUGAAUAUGAAUUUAGAGCGAGCGACUUGUUUGGUGACCUCCAAGAUGGCGUGCGGCUCUGCAGAGCCAUUCAACUACUUCUUCAUGAUCCAUCCAUUCUCACGAAAAUGGUAGUUCCAUCCGACAAUCGAAAGAAGAACUUGGCCAAUUAUAGAGUUGCACUUCAGUAUCUGAAGGAUGCUGGUGUUCCGUUGAAAGAUGACGAAGGAAUGAUGAUAACUAUAGAAGAUGUUGCAGAUGGUGACAGAGAGCUCACUAUUUCACUGCUAUGGAACAUUUUUGUACAUUUGCAGCUGCCUCUUCUGAUCAAUGGGAAACUCUUGACGGAGGAAAUCUACAAAGUCCAGGGGCUGGAACAGAAUAAUCAAAUUACCAUGUCUACUCCUCUGGAAAUGCUGUUAAACUGGAUUCAGUCAAUCACCAAGAAGAAUGACUUCAAGGUAGAAAACUUUGCAUCGUUGGUUGAUGGAAAGGGAAUAUGGUUCUUACUUGACUACUAUUUUCGGCGAGAAGUUUGCUGUCCUUGUCUUAACAAAGAGGAUCCUGGUGGUCAACAAGGCCCACGAUCGGUAAUGUCCAAUACCGAUUACCAUGAUGCAGUUCAAAACUUCAUUCUAUCGCAAAAGUUGACAGCACUUUUGGGAAGUUUUCCUGAGGUUCUACAGAUUGGUGACCUACUGGAACAUAAUGCAGUAGUUAGCAACCAAAGUGUGAUUAUACUGUUGGCUUUCUUAUCAUCGAAGCUGAUCGUCAAGGAAAAUAUGGAGCAACUGAACUUUCAUAAGUUGCUGUGCUCUAGCUGUCAAACUCAGGAGAAGAGAUAUUCGCGCAUCAGUUGCAGCAUCUCCGAAGCAGAUAGAAAUGAGGAACCGGACAGAGAAAACGGAGAAGAUGCUACUAAAACUUUCCGAGCAAUCAAAGCCUGGUGGCAGGACAUGGCCAACCAAAGCCAAAAUUCUGUUGGAGAACUUAUUAGCCAUACUCCGCAAGAUUCCUUGUCUAGGAAAUGCACAAUGGAUUUUGAACGAGAAGCAGCAGUGGUCAUACAAUCAAAUUUCAGGGGACUUCAUGCACGCCGCAAGUUUAGGAAGAAAAUGAGAGCAGUCUGCUUCUUACAAGCUGCUGUUCGGACAUGGUUGUCAGUGAAACAUAUAAAAGUUCUUGAAAAAUACACUGUUCAGGAAGUUACUUUACAGCUAUCAGAAAGAUCGGUCAACUUACAAUCUGUAGCAAGAUAUGUAAAGUUCAUUGUUGAACGAAGUCGCUUCGUGAAGUUGAGGAAAUCUGUUUUGGUCAUUCAGAAUGCUGUAAGGAGACAUCAGCGAGACCUGAAAGCAGCACUCAAAAUUCAGCUAGCUUGGAGGAGUUAUAAGGACAAAGUUAUCUCUUCUAUCACCAUCCAAUCUUAUGUUCGUGGAUGGAUCACACGUAGAAUGAAUUACAAGUACAAGUUGUCUUGCGUAGUUAUUCAAAAAGCUGUAAGGAAGCAUCAGCGACACCUUCAUCAUGAGCUGAAAGCAGCACUCAAAAUUCAGCUAGCUUGGAGGAGUUAUAAGGAAAAAGUUAUCUCCUCUAUCACCAUCCAAGCUUAUGUUCGUGGAAGGAUCAUACGUAAAAUCUAUGGCAAUUACAAGUUGUCUUCCGUACUUAUUCAAAGAUACUGCCGUGGUUGGCUGGCGAGAAGGAAGUUUUAUCUUCAGAGAGAGGCAACAAUAUGCAUUCAAAGUGCUAUUCGAAAAUGUAACUGCAUUACGUCAUUUCAUGGCUACAAGCAUGCAGCCACAGAGCUUCAACGACUCGUUAGAGGACAAAUUGUUAGAAGGAGGGUUCAAGGGGCUUCUUAUACAAAAGUUGACGAAGGCGUUUCCGAACUUUCGCAACACAGCGUUGAGAUGACAGAACUGCUACGUUCCGUCAUUAAGCUGCAGCGUUGGUGGAGGUUUCUCCAUUCACAGAACGUUAGAAGAAAAUCAGCAGUCUUGAUACAAAAGCAUAUUCGAGGUGUGUUUGCCAGGCGAAGAACUUCUAUGGAAAGACGUUACAUUGUCAUGAUUCAAUCACACUGGAGAGGCUAUCUCACACGCAAAGCCGCAAAGGCUCAAGUUCUAGAAUUGAGAGUAAGAAUGCAAACUUCUGCAGCAAACAUAGAUGACAGGAAACGGUUAAUAAACAAGCUUCUCUCUGCGCUUUCGGAACUACUCAGCAUGAAAAAGGUCCACAACAUUCUGCACAUCUGUGAAACUUUGGAUUCGGCGACAAAAUACUCUGAGAAAUGCUGUGAAGAGCUUGUGGCAGCUGGAGCGAUAGACAAGUUGCUAACACUGAUUCGGUCUGCAAGCAGAAGCAUCCCUGAUCAAGAAGUUGCAAAACAUGCACUCUCAACUUUGAGGCACCUGGCUCGUUACCCACAAAUGGCAGAUGAGUUAAUAGACACGAAAGGAUCCAUCCAGACAAUUUUCUGGGAACUACUCAGGAACAAAGAAGAAGCAUAUUUCAUAGUAUCAGAUGUUCUGAAGAAGAUAUGCAGAAGUCACAAAGGCGUAGAAGCAGUUCGGAACCUUCCUGCGUUGGUAAAACGACUACACGCCUUAGUUGAGGAGCUGACUCGUAAGGCAAAUAUGGAGAAGAGGAAUGUUAAGGGUCAGAGUGGAAAAGAAAAGAGCGAGGGAAGAAGAUUAAAGGAGGCGGUUGAGCUUCUGAAGCUCAUAACCAGCAGAUGACUUUCUUACUUUGUUUCCAAACUUUGUUGUGUUUCCGUUUUUAGUUUUUGUAUGAAGUGCACUCUCCCACAACUCGACUUUGUUUUAGGCUUUUCUGUAAUCAACUUGACAAACUGCUUCUGCGUCA